CUCAUUUUGCCCAACCUUCUCACACUGAUAAUGAACUGAACAGGCAGAAGCGCAGCACACAGGGCCACUGAUUACGGCCACGGUUCCAGGGAUGGGACGUGAAGACUGAGCGUGAUCAGAGAGGCGCACAUUCAGACGAAUACUGACAAAAUGGUGGCAGAAGAAGUAGUGGUCACCCUCUCAGGUGGAGCUCCUUGGGGGUUUCGACUGCAAGGAGGAACAGAGCAGAAGCAACCCCUUCAAGUGUCUAAGGUGAGGAAGCGCAGUAAGGCUUGCCGGGCAGGUCUACGAGAGUCUGAUGAACUGAUGUCGAUUAAUGAUGUGUUUUGUGGUGAACUGUCUCACGCUGAGGCCAUGAAUCUGAUCGACAGUGGCCGGGGAACCCUUCAUUUACGGAUUAAAAGGGCCCCUGUGGGGUUCCCAUCAGUAGUCCUACUGGAUCGAGCCCCGUCUCCUCGCAUCGAUAAAGAAUACCGGGCAGCACUCAGAGCUUUGUCUCCUCCAGUGUCCUCGAAAGUGUCAUCUGUCCAUAGAGGAUCACUCAUGUCACCCACCAAUGGCCCAGAAUGGCUGAGAUCCCCUCCUGAGAGUGAAGCAUAUUAUGGUGAGACGGACAGUGAUGCAGAUGUUGCAGCUCAGGACAGACAGCGCAAGCAGAGGCGUCGCAGUCCCAGCAGCUCCCCAGCCAAAGCCCUUGGCCGAAGCUCACCCCAUCAGGAUGACAACUCUGAGAUGAGUGGCUGUGAGAGCACAUCUGAUAUGUCUGCAUACUCCCAGACUCAAUCCUGGGCCAUUCCUAAUGGUACAUAUGAUGGGGUGGAGCCUCCACAGCAGAAGAGUUUACCUGGAGUGGCACGACGAGAGGUGGUUUACCAGCCCAAUGGGGUGGAGUGGUCUCUUCAAGCUGAGCACUCUUCCAAAAACUCUGAUCAAAGCCCAUCAGGUGCUGUAGAGGUGGAUAGUGGUUUCCAGGAACCCCCUACAGUUCCACUUGUGUCCCCAGUGCGGGCCAAAGAGGCACUCAAGCGCACAUGCUACACACAGCUUGUGCCAAUGGUGGGUCCUGUGGAUAAUCCUGUAGAUGAAGAGCUCACCAUGACAUAUAUGGAUAAAGCCAAGGAAGCCAGACUGCACAGAAGUGAGAGCGUGCAGGACAAGCAGGUGAAGGAGGCUCGAUCCAAGUGUCGCACCAUUGCCUCUUUGCUGACAGACGCUCCCAAUCCUCAUUCUAAAGGUGUGCUUAUGUUCAAAAAGCGCCGACAGAGGGCCAAAAAAUACACACUCACCUGUUUCGGCAGUGUUGACAACGAGAGCUGCAGCAACACAGACGGAGAGACGGAGGACGAGAGCCUUUUCCUUGGCAGUGAGUCAGAGAUUGACGAGGACAGCCUUUCUGAAGCACCAGACCCUACUUGGGACAGUGGCUAUCUGGAUGUUUUAGAGAAAAGAACAUCAGCGUGUGUGUCAUCUGAUGGGGAAGCAGAGGCUAGCUUGGGCUUGAGUGGCACUUCAGGGAGAGGGGCACAGCUCUUUGAGCAGCAGAGGAAGAAGACUGAGAAACAUAUACCAACACCCAUUACUCCUACACUUACCUCCAUGCCCCAGCAACAGCCUGACACUGUGUUGACCUACACAUCCAUUACUCCAAUGACCCCAGUCUCCUCUCACAAUAGCAGCAUGGUGAAUGGGGAGCCUAUGGUGGUGAGCAGAACCAGCGUAGUGUUGUCUUCACCAGGCCAGACUCCCAUGCCCAUUAUGUCAGGAGCCUUUCCAGAGCAGUCAGAUGCUUGCUCUGGAAGCUUGGUUCUCAACAGAACUGCAAGGCCUUUUGCCCCAGGCUGUGUCAGCCACAGAGCUGCAACAGCCCCAGUCAUCUUCAAGACCAAUACCACCAAGAAGCCCCCACUUCAGGCCCAAGCAGUGUCUGUGGCAACAGUACCAGCUUCUUUCUCUCCUAUUAGUUCUGAUGGGAAGAGAGCAAUUGCCAGUACAUCCCUGUACAUCCCCCUAAGACCAUCCACUGUCAGUGUCCCCACCUCUAUCUUGUCUCCAUCCUCCUCUGUAGCCUCUGCUCCAUUUUCCCUGGCUUCUUCAAAUGCUACACCUUUCACAUCACAGAGUUCAGGCAUGCCUGCUUAUCACUCUCCUCCAGCUGCCUCUACACCACCUUUUAAUCUAGCCCCGGCUAUGAGUUGCCAGUCUUUUUCUGCACCACCAACACAAAAUAUGUCCUUUAGCCCACCUCAUAUCAUUGCUCAACCACCACCACUACCCUCUGUGCCAUCACAGUCAUUUUUAUCCACUUAUACCCCUAGCCCAUCCCUUCCCCAUGUCCCAGCCCCUGCCCCUGUUCAAGUACCCGCACCGGCCUUUCAGGGCUCAAACAUGCAACCACCACCAUCACCUCACAAAGUUUCUUUCAACCCAUAUAUCUCAGUGGCAACCACAACAUCUGGAACAAUAGAGUCUCCCAUAGUCCAUCAGUAUCCCCUUUCCAAUUCAAGUACAGGGAUUUCUUCUCGAGAGCAGCGGAUCUCCGUACCUGCUGCCCGAACAGGCAUCCUGCAGGAAGCCCGUCGCCAUGGCACUAAAAAGCCCAUGUUCAGUAAAAUUGAAGAGAAGAAACCGGUGUCCUACAACCCUGAGCUACUGUCUCUAGUGCAGAACCUGGAUGAGAGGUCCCGUCCUGGGGCAGAGCCUGGAUUUGAGUCAGGUCCAGAGGAAGAUUACCUCAACCUGGGUGCUGAGGCUUGCAACUUCAUGCAGGCUCAAAGGAGCAAGAUACCUCCACUGGUCGCUCCUAAGCCAGCAAAUAACACAAUUGAUAUCCCCCAGAUGGGAGGAAAAGGAGCAGAUCUGUUUGCUCGUCGACAGAGCCGUAUGGAUCGAUACGUGGUGGACAAGCAACCUAAGUCUCCAGCCAAGCCACGAGAGCCCUCACCCACUCCAUCUCUUCCAGCUCACUGGAAAUAUUCCUCCAAUGUUCGUGCCCCUCCACCUAUCAGCUACAACCCAUUGCUGUCCCCCUCCUGCCCCCUAGUGGCCCAACGAGGUAGUAAGGCCAAUGAAGCUGCUAGAAGUGGAAUAAAGACGAAUCCUGGUCAGCACAAACAAGGAAUCAAAGCUCUGGACUUCUUAAGCAGACAGCCAUAUCAGCUCAAUUCCUCCUUGUUCAGUUAUGGUGGAGGUGUUCCCCAGACUAUCACCACCUACCAACAACAGCAGCAGCAGCCACCCAUGUCAAAUGGAGUUGGGGUAGUUGGCACAACCCUAACCUCACCAAAACAAGUGCCUGUCAAAGCACCACGUAUAUAUGAGAUCAAGCGCUUUUCCACUCCCACCCCAAUGUCAGCACCUACAGCCCUGAACCCCACUGUGAUUGUUCCACGCUCUGCCACCACUCUGGCUGAGCCCCUGUGGCGUUCUGACAUUGUUUCACCUCCUCCUUUUACUCCACGUUCUGCUGCACCCUUCUCCCCACCACCUCCUGCCCCUACAGGGGCCCUGCCAGCACUCCCCAAACUUUCCACUGCCCCUGUACCAAAUGCAACCCAUAUCCCGGGACCCAUUCCUAUGCAACCUAGUGCACCUUUUCAGGCAGCCAAGCAGUUUAAAAGUGCCCCGGAUCUGAGUCCCCUCUCCCCAAGUGGUAUGCGCUCAGCAGUGUCUGCAAGUAGCCAAAAUCUGCAAGCACCUAGACCACGCUUUAGCACCUCUAGUAUGGGGCUGCAACCCAAUGUGUGGAGGCCAGGCUCCAUGCUCUAUUAAGCAAUACACUGUGAUAAACAAAUGCCACCAUCAGAGACCCUGCCUAAAGCGGAUGUAUUACGCUGCAUUUUGAUUGUGAAUCAUUUACCACAACAAUAGGAUCAAGACACUGAUUACAUGAUUUCUUCAGAAGAUGAUUUGUCAAACAUUUGUGUAUCACUUUAAAUAGCUGCAGCUUUGAUCUGCAAAUUUCCUCUUGUUUCACUUGUUAUUAAUGUUAUGAAUGUGUGAUGCACAAAAAUGAUGUAUAAUCUUAAUACUGGGAAAUUUCUAAAUAAUAAUAACAGCUAAAUAACAACCAAAUGCUCUAAUGCUAUUUUAUUAACUGUAUCUAUCAGGAGAAGGAACAACGAGGGACAUUGUUUAAGCUGUCGAAAAUGGCAGCACUACAAAAAAAAAAGAUUGACAGAUUAAAAAGAUGGAUGGAACUUUGAAAGAUGAAGCUUGCUGUUCCGAUAGUUUCAAAAGAGUUAUGGACUGUCUGCGACUGACUCAAGGACUCCAGAAGGUUUGUAUACAUGUGUCAAACUUGUCAUCGGAUGUUAUAAAGAACGUGGAUAUAUUCGAAGAAGUGAUGGACAGCAAGACACAGUUAUUGUGACAAAAGAGAUAUAGGAAAGAUGCUUGAAGGAUUCUGUGUGGAAACACGAUUGACAUCCUCACCAGGAGAGAUGGUACAAACCAGAGUUGCUCAUAUCUGGAUACAAAUCAGUUUGGCUACUUGAUGCAUGUGCACAUCUGCAUCUGUUGCUGACUCAGCCUGCCAAUCGCUUGCCGCUGCCUUCUUCUACAAUAUGCAAUGCAUGUGAUUUCACCUGUGAGAGGUGAGAUGAUUGCAUGACAGGUUUGGAAAAAAAACCUGUGUCAUUUUUAAACACCAUCAACUGCUUCUUUGUAUGUAUAUACAGUCUCAGUACAUUUCCUUGUCCCUGGGGUGGUGACUUCAAGCAUACAUCUUUUGUACCUUUAGUGUGCAUCUUGGAAUAGUGUGUUACUUGGAAUAGUGCAUGUGUUGUACCAUUAAAUAUUUACUCUAAAAAAUAAUUACAACAUUGUCCUUAAAAUCCAAAUCCACUUAAAUCAGUUUUCAAGUUAGAUUUUUAAAAUGCUUUGACAUGUAAGAUACAUACCCUAGUGACAUAGAUAGGUACAGCUUAGUAAUUUUUUCCUGAGUGUAUAGACUGUAGUGUGGCAUACACGAGCAGAUCAAGGGGUUUCAGGAGGUUCCCAGAUGGUACACCACUAACGAUGUUUACCUCCACAACAAGUAGCAAAUAUGCCAACCUGGUUUAAUUACCCAGGGAAAUACCAAAUAAGGACACACAGUUUCAGUAUUUCUCACCGAGAGGCAAUGAGACAUGGAUAUGUUUAUACCAAAACUAUUUAUCUUUAUUAAAUCACAAUAAAUAAUUUAAAAGAGGAAAAGAGCCUGCAAGGUAAUCUAGCAGGAACAAAAUGCCAAUAAAGGCAAACAGCACCAAGAUGCUGUGAUAUAAUGUAAAACAAAGCAAAACAUAGAUUUACAAAAUAACACUGAGCUGGGGCUUACCAGUAGCAAGGCAGACUAGAUACAGGACUUUAAUGUUGUCUACACUAGUAAAGGCCCACACUUGCACCAAAUCAAAUUCACACACUCCAAUGAGAUCCACUGCAAAGAUCUACACACAGUACCACACGGGGACACCUAGCCUGCCCUCUCUGGGCCCCCAGCUCCUAAGAAGACAAAAGAAAACCCCCCCAAAAAACAAAAUCAAUUACACAAUACAAAAAUAAAGCACUCAAAUAAAUCAAAACAAAAUUUAAGAAAAUUGCUCACAGAAAAGUAAUCUUAUAAUCUGCACCGAUUAAAGACAAGAGAAGACUAACACUCAAACCUGAGGAUAUCAACCUCCAAUAGUUAGUGGCACCACAGAAAUAAAUUCAAUCCACUCGGAUACCAAAAACGCAGUCUAGACGAGUGCAAAUAGUGGCCCAUGGACCCCACCCCCCAGGCUUGAAGGGAAAACCAAUAAUCCAUCCAUCCAUUCAUCUCCUACUGCUUACUCCUUUUCAGGGUCACGGGAACCUGGAGCCUAUCCCAGGGAGCAACGGGCACAAGGCGAAAACCAGUAAUAAUGGUAAUAAAACAAAUACAUAAUAUAACCAACAAAGCAGCUAAACCCACAAGCAAACAAACAUCACAAGCAGCAGUAGUAACAAAUUAUAUAAAAGGAAAACACAAACAAACAAACGAGCAAGCUUGAACGCCGGCAAGAAGGAAACAAAAACAGAAAUAGUUAAGCGACCAUGGCGCCAAAAUGCACAAAACAAAGAAAACACAGCAAAGCGGAAACAGAACAGAAGCAUAAGAGUAGCGUUUUUAUUUGCAAAUCUCAUUUUAUUUAUUUGUCAAUUUGAUGAUUUUUUUUUGUGUGUGUGAAACUAUUAACAUAUAUUUCUGGAUCUCAUUGAAUGCAUUUGUGAAUGUGUUUGUUUUUUUUGUAAAUCUUACUACAUUUAUUUGUGGAUCGUAAUCUAUUUAUUUGGAAUUAUGAAACAAUUCUAACCCCAUACAAAUAACUGUGUCUCACCAGCGUAGCAUUACAAGCAUUAUAGUCAGCUAAAAUCAAAAUCUGUGGUUGGUGCCAUUUCUCCUCCGAGGUUUGGUAGUUGCUUGUUGGCUAUAUUGUUGAGAGCAUCCAUUGUAGUAGUCCCUCAUUUUUAUUUUAUUUUAUUUUGGCUUGUAGGACAAUGACAUUGAUGUGUUUGUGUCCUACAAUCCAAGAUAAGAUGUUACAAGAUGUUCAUUUUCCUGUUGUAUUAUCUGCCUUUAGUUUUCUUUUAAAAUAUGUAUUAAGGGUAAAUAUUUGCUUUGUUAUAAUUGCAUAACAACAACUUUUGCUGUGAAUAAAGCACAACAAGAGAGCUUGUUUAAGAGAAAUAUGAAAGCUCUGGAUAUUGUAUUCUGUGUCUGGCCAUAUAGCAACUGCUUUCAUGUUUAGAUGAGACACUAAAUCUCUAGCAGAGCAAUAAAAUAAAAUAAUAAUAAUAAUAAU